AUGGUGAAUGACAUGCACAUCAGUGGGGAUAAUAUCGCGACUAGUUCCUCCACCUCGACUCCUGCUGCUGCCGCAACUCAGAAUUUGAAUAAGACGGACGGUGGUCGCAAUGAUGAUCCCGCCUCGGAAGAGGGCGCUGACGAAUGCUCGAGUACCGAUAGGCUGGAAGGAUUAUAUUCAGAAGAUCGCGCGUUAGACCAGAUAUGGUAUGAACAACUUCGUACGGAUCUCUGUAUUGAUCGCGAUCAAAUCAAGGAACUUGUGCGGGAAGCCGCGAGCAGUCACCCGCUGUGGGCGGUUCAGCAGCACCGAGCAGGCUUCAAGUUCACUAAAAGAGCGAUCGAUGCGUUGCAUACCGCUGCUGAGGAGUUUCUUGUUGAAAGAUUCAGACUCGCUCACAUGCUGGCUUUGAGUGCUGCCUACACCGACGAGAAGCAGGUGAAGCUGACCGUUGAGAAUCUGCGGGCGGCCGCUGCAAUUAUGGAGGGGCGGAUUUGA